AUGAGAAGAAUCAACAUACUCUAUGGAGUUGUUAACAUACAAACACAUUUUUUCUCUGAAUUAGGCUUUGGGAUUUCAUUCAACAGCAUCCUCCUCCUCUUCCAUAUCCAUAUCCUCGAGUUUCUUCUAGAACACAGGCCCCGGACCACUGACCUGUUCAUUGGUCUCUUGGCCCUCAUCCACCUUGGGAUGCUAAUGAUCAUGGGAUUUACAGCUGCGGACACUUUCGCAUGUCAGACUACAUGGAAUGACAUUACGUGUCAAUCCCUUGUCCACUUGCACAUUUUGAGUGGCCUCUCUCUUUGUGCUACCUGCCUGCUGAGCGUCCUCCAGGCUGUCACCCUCACCCCCAGAAGCUCCUGUUUGGCGAAGUUCAAACAUAAAUCCCCACAGCACAGCCUGUGUCUUCUUCUCGUGCUGUGGGCCUUCUACACGUCCUGUGGUGCUCACUUCUGGUUCUCCUCUGUUGCUGACUACAACAUCACCUCACAUGAGCUCUUAUUUGUCACUGACUCCUGCGUUAUUUUACCCAUGAGCCAUAUCAGCAAGCACUUAUUUACCAUAAUGAGGAUAUUUCGGGACAUCUCCUUUAUAGGUCUCAUGGCCCUCUCCAACGGGUACAUGCUGAUUCUCCUGUGCAGGCACAAGAGGCAGGUCCAGCAUCUUCACAGCACCAGCCUCUCUCCAAAAGCCUCUCCAGAGCAAAGGGCCUACCAGACCAUCCUGCUGCUCCUGAGCUUCUUUGUGCUGAUAUACUGUUUGGACUGCAUCAUCUCUGCCUCCAGACUGAUGCACAGCAGCCAUCCAAUCCACCACAGUGUUCAGAUGAUGGUCUCCAAUAGCUACGCCACCAUCAUCCCUUUGCUGUUAAUUUGUACUGAACACCGAAUUACUAACUUCUUGAAAUCCUUUGUACGGGGACAUAGUAAAUGCUUAAUUAUUGAGGCGAAGGUGGGUUCACUUAAGGAGCCAACCUUGAUAGCUGCUGGAUGGUAA